CACUACUACUUCAGCACUCCCAUCUUCUCAUUUCUACCCUUCCAUCCCCCCCCCCCCCCCCACCCCCCCCCCCCCCCCCCCACCAUGGACACCACCGGCAGCAUCCUCGAAUCAAUCGGAGUAGAAAUCAUCGGAGUAAUGUCACCGGUUUCCAUCUGCAUGUUCCUCGUCGUCCUUCUCAUCUCCUUCCUCUCUUCCACCACCAGCCCGACCACCUCCUCAAUCCGUACAGCCGCUAACCUCGUAUACCUCGAAACCCCAUCCGAUUCCACAACUCAAAAACUCGAAGGCGCUUUACUAAACGCCGCCGUUUUCAUCCUCUUAAUAACCCUCGUAACUUUCCUCUUAGUAAUCCUCUAUUACUACCGUUUCACUAAUUUCUUGAAGUAUUACAUUCGAUUUUCGGCUUUAAUGGUUCUUGGUUCAAUGGGGGGUUCGAUUUUACUAUCAAUUAUACAAAUUGGGAAUAUCCCGAUUGAUUGUGUUACGUUUACAGUGAUUUUAUUGAAUUUUACUGUGUUAGGGGUGUUAUCGGUUUUUUCAAAUGGGGUACCGAUUUUGGUUAAUCAGAUGUAUAUGGUGGCGUUGGGGAUCAUUGUGGCGGUUUGGUUUACUAAGUUGCCUGAAUGGACUACUUGGGUUUUGUUAGUUGCGCUUGCUUUGUAUGAUUUGGUUGCGGUUCUAGCGCCUGGUGGACCGUUGAAGAUGUUGGUUGAGUUGGCUUCUAGUAGGGACGACGAGUUGCCUGCGUUGGUGUACGAGGCUAGGCCGAAUGUGGGGUCGAGAGCGGGGAGUAGAGGACAGAGUUUAGGGGUUUUGUUAGCUGGGGUUUCGGAGGGAGAGGCGGUGGAGUUGAGUGUUAUGUCGAGUAGUGAAAAUGUGGGGAGCGAUGGGAGGGGGGUGAGUGAGACGAGGAGUGGAAAUGUGGGUCGGGAUGGGAGAGGGGCGAAUGAAACGAGGAGUGGAAAUGUAGGUCGGGAUGGGAGGGGGUUGAAUGAGACGAGGAGGGGAAAUGUUGGUCGCGAUGGGAGGGGGUUGAAUGAGACGAGGAGUGGAAAUGUGGGUAGGGAUGGGAGGGGGAUGAAUGAGACGAGGAGUGAAAAUGAGGAGAUUGAUGGUGUUAGAGAGGUUGAAAUUGAGGGGGAGACGUUACCGUUGAUGGGUGGUGGAGAUGGAAGAGAGAGGGCGAUGGCGAAUGAAGAGAUAAGGGAGAGUAAUGAGAGUGAUCGAGGUCGUGUUUUGGAGAGGAUAAUCGAGGGAGCGGAGGAAAGAGAGAGGGGAAUAAGGCUUGGUUUAGGAGACUUUGUUUUCUAUAGCGUGUUGGUUGGGAGAGCUGCAAUGUAUGAUAUGAUGACUGUUUACGCUUGUUAUCUCGCUAUUAUAUCUGGAUUAGCGUGCACACUUAUACUGUUAGCUGUUUGUCGACAUGCCUUGCCAGCACUCCCUAUAUCCAUUGCUUUGGGGGUUAUCUUUUACUUCUUGACAAGGUUGUUGAUGGAGCCAUUCGUUGUUGGGACUUCGACGAAUCUUUUGAUGUUUUGACCCCUGAUAUGUGGAGGAGGAAGAAAUUAGAAAGUACAGGAUAUAUUCAGUUCUAAGACAUACAUUUUGAUUUAGCAAAAACUUAAUUGCGUUCGGUACAUUCUUGUUUGAAGGUUCCGAAUAGGAAAGGGACAGCUCAGCUCAGCUAUACUUUGUUCUGUUCUAUCUGUAAAUUGCAAGUCUAUUGAGGUUUGUCCCUCUAUUGAUUCUCUAACUCAUUUUGUUUCACCUAAUAUUGUUAAGAAUGUUAAAAUUCAUCCCAUUUGUUGGUGGGGCGUGUAGUAUACUAUAUGAUUUGGUAAAUUUGAGUAACUAGCUAUGUAUCAACUAUUGCUAUAAGUAGUUUUAUUGCUAAUGAGUUGCAGUUCUACUCAUAACAAGCUAGUUACUGAUA